UCCAAACAGGUUGACGAGGGUGGCUAGGGUGGCCAGGAUGGCAAGGGUGAUGGGGGUAGCGAGGGUGGCGAGGGUGACUAAGUUUGCUAGGGUUGCUAGGGUGGCGAAGGUAGCGAGAUGGGUGCAGGUGGCCAGGAACAACGGGGCACAUAACAAUCAUCAUACACGAAGUACUUUUGUCUUGAGACUUGCAGCAGUAGAGAGAAAACUGGUAACUAAUGAUUAUAUUUACGAUUUUCAGACACUUCCAGAAUACUUUCAGCAGAACUCUCAAAGAUACAUGUUAGUUAGUGAUCAAUCGAAGAAGGUGAAUAUUUAUGGGUCACAAAUGCUCAUCAUUCUGCAGACCAUCUGUGACGGUAAAUGGUAGAAGAUACCGAGUGGUUAAAGACCUUGGAGAGGGAGCUUUCUCCUAUGUUAACCUUGUGCAUCAUGGAAAGGAAUGGUUUGCCCUGAAAAGAAUGCGUCUCCAGCUCCCUGAACAAGAGGAGGCAUUUGAACGUGAAGUAGAUGCUCACAGAGCAGUUGAUCAUCCAAGUGUUCUGGCCUUGCAUGAUGUGGAUGUGGUUACCAAGGGAACGUAUAAAGAGGCUCGCAUGCUUGUAACAUAUUACAAGGAUGGAACAGUUCAAGAUUUGAUUGAAUGCACAUUAAGUCAAGGUGGCUACAUACCAGAGUUAAAUAUUCUUCACAUGUUCAAAUCUCUUUGUGAUGCGAUACUUGCCUUUCAUAGUCUGGAGCCACCUCUAGCCCAUAGAGAUAUCAAGCCUCAUAAUUUGUUACUUGGUCCUAACAUGACUGUGGUGCUGAUGGACCUUGGCAGUGUGUCUAAGGCCAGAUGUACCAUAACAUCGAGAAGGGAAGCUUUGGCCCUCCAAGAGAAAUGUGCUCAAGAAUGCACUGCUGCAUAUAGGGCUCCAGAGCUGUUUGAAGUGCCGUCAAACUGUGAAAUCGAUGAGAGGAGUGAUGUAUGGUCACUUGGUUGUACUCUGUAUGCCAUGGCUUAUGGUCAAAGUCCAUGUGAUGGCUCAGCACUCUCAGCUAAUAGUGGGAACAUUCAAAUACCAAGUGACAGGUACAUUAUGAAAACUAACAUAAGGAUAUUUUAAUCGAUUUCAUCCUUGCCAUAUUAUUUGUCAGCUACUGCCCUUACAAUUUUACCAUGUAAUGGGUUUGUGUUAUUUGUUACAUGCUGUGAUGUCAAAAGGUUCAGCUUCUCUUUG